UCCUGCAGCCGCCAGCCCACUCCUCCAUUUGCUCCUUCUAGAAAACGCACGGCCCCGCGGAACACUGCUAGCACUGUUCUUUGGAUUCUUCCAUUGCGCUAGACCGCCCAGUCUAGCCGUUAGGCGCACCUUGCGGCAUCUUUAAACUGCCGGCGAUGGCCCCAGGCUUGCUCAGCAGCAAUCCGGACCCCACAAGAUGGUGACAGCGUUGCUGUACUGCUGCUGCUGCUGCUUAUCCCACCCCCAGCGCCAGCUCGCCAGCUUCGAGCUCCAAGCCAUCCGAUGAUUCACACAGGCCCCGAUAAAAUUCGACAAGACAUGACCAGCGGCACCCAGCAAUGUCGAUUGACAAGCCCCUUUGCUUCGGCCGCGUGCCUGAUGUGCUCUUCCUCAUCCUCAGCAUGGCCGAUGCCUCGACCAUCCCGACCCUGUGUCGGCUGAACCGCGCCACCUACGAGACCAUCAAAUCGCACGAAAUGCUCAUCUGCACCUCCUUCCUCCGGCAUCACGAUAUCACCCCUCCGUUAGAUCGUAUUCUUACCAUGGACCCGGCCACGGGCCAGCGCGCGACCUUGAGUUUCAUCAACCUGCAGAAGUUCAUGUAUCGUCGAGAGACCGCUCGGAAGCUGGCAUCCCGCGUUGCGCGCUCUGGAUGGGGAGCGUGGUGGGCGAUCAAGGGCUCAGGCGAGAUGGAUGCCGAGGCCGAAAUGUUUCGACAGAGGGUGGAAAAGGGGCUCUAUGUCAUGUUUCAUAUGUCUGACAUUGCACGAAACAUAGAAUACACCCAAGUCCAGCCAUACACGCUGGCGUUCAGCAUCUACCGCGUUUUAUUAUUCAGCUGUCUAUCGCGGCUACAGUUUGAUCGAUCGCGGUCGAGUCGGAGUUGGUGGUUCCCUCGACACAUGUCACAUAUCUACGUUGUCCUGCUCCGUAAGUCACAGCAACGGGAGGUGGGCAAGCAACGGUGGAAAUUCCGGCAGAAGCUGGACUUGGAGCGCCGCGUGGAUUUCCACAUCGCUCUACAGAUGCUACGGCAGUUCUUGGAGACUAUAAUAUUCGCCCACAGCCCGGAUGACGACCGGAGCGCGAGCAGCGUGAACGAAGACCUCGACGUGACAAACUGGUUUAUUCUGCGACAAAACGCUCACUCCCUCUCUCGCAUUUUCCUUGAAUUACCAGACGCCAAAUGCUGCAGUAUCGAGGAACGGGCCCGCAAAGACAAGGAUCGGGAUAGCCCCGUGUGCACAUAUUCCGAAGUUCUGAAAGAAUACUGGGAUGCACGCCGCGGCGACUCGUCUGUCGAUUGCAAACAGUGCGAGGCAUGGCUGCGAAGCUCCAGCACCGAAACCAUUCUCAAUGAUUUCUUCGGGUUGCACGCGUACAACCUAGGCAAGGAAUGGGUUCGACAGAUGCGAGGAGAAGGCGAAUUAUUAUUCGACAUAUAGCAUUUUCCUCCUUCCUUUCUUCACAACAUACAUACGC